AUGGAUGGUAAUACAUCCAUUAAACCGGAUGCAACCAUGGAGUGUACCACCCCACGAAGUGCUGUGGACGAUCAAAAGCGACGCAGCUCUUCUCGUUCUAUCAAGCGAAAACGAUUCGAUGACGAAAUUGUGGAGUUUAGUAUGAGUAGUACACCGGUCCAGCAGAUGAAAAAUGUCAGCGGCCGAUGCCGUACACUGUCCCAAUCGAUGACGCCAAUCGGAACCCCGGUCGCGCAGGGAACUGUGCCAUCACCAGGUCCAGGAACAUCAACUGGCUCUCCUACGGCUGUGCCAGAACCAACGCAGCCAGUGCAAACGACACAAGCUCCUCUUCCACCGGUAGUAGCUCCGGCUCCGGUUCCGGUAGCAUUGCCUCCACCACCAGCACCCAAUCCCGCUACUAGCAUAAUGCAGCAGCUCAAUUCGAACGCCUCGGUGAACGAAAAGAAACGCGUGCUGAAAAGCAACAAGAAAACUAAAAAGAAAAGCGCAUCGCAGCAGGUGGCCACCAAAGAUCUCGGCCGCUGGAAGCCAAUGGAUGAUCUUGCAUUGAUAACUGGCAUCUUGCAGACGAAUGAUUUACGAACAGUGCACCGAGGAACGAAGUUCUCCUGCAAGUUCACUAUCCAGGAAAUGCAAAUACGCUGGUGUUCGCUGCUGUAUGAGGAAUCGAUUUCGAGGUUAGCCGUGACCGCGAUGCGUAACAUGCACCCGGAGCUCGUAGAAAGCGUUCAAAGUAAAGCGCUUUUCUCUGUGGCCGAGGAAGAACUGCUCGGAACGAUCAAGUCGAACGAAAAUCCCUCGCUCGAGACAUUCCAGGAGCUGCUGAACAAAAACUCACCUAUCUUCUAUCACUCGCGCACCGCCAAAAGCCUGUUGAACCACUGGCAACUGAUGAAGCAGUACUCGUUGCUACCAGACCAAUCCGUACAGUCGCUCCCAAAGAACGACAAUAUUCUCAGUUUCUCCGAUGCGGAAGACUUGAUUAAUGAUACCGAUUUGGCCGAACCUCGGGAUGAAGCCCUCGAAACGGAGCUGGCGCUCACCGACCGAAAGAGCAAAAAGGAAAUACGCCACCUGGAGAAUGAGUUAAACCGUUGGAGCGUGUUGGUGGAUUCCCUCACCGGGAUUGGCUUUUCGCCCGAUUUCGACAACCAAACGCUCGCAGCCAUCCGUGGUCGUAUGGUGCGUUUCUUGAUGCGUUCGCGAGAAAUCGUUCUCGGUCGCUCGACCAAGGAUAGCACCGUGGACGUGGACUUGUCGCUAGAAGGCCCCGCCUGCAAGGUGUCACGAAAACAGGGCUCGAUAAAACUCCGCAGCAACGGUGAUUUCUUUAUGACAAACGAAGGCAAACGGCCUCUGUACAUUGAUGGUCGACCGCUCCUGUGCGGUCGCAAGACGCGAUUGAACGAUAACUGCGUCAUCGAGAUCUCUAACCUGCGAUUCGUAUUCUUGAUCAAUCAUGAGUUCAUAAACGCCGUACGCCAGGAAAGUGCCAAGAUGAACAUUCCGCUCAACUAGACUGGAAUUAUGGCACGGGUUUUUGGAAAAUGAAUUUUUACAACUACUUUUUAACUACUCGUUUUAACCACAAUGCUGAUUGCAUUCGACAUGUAUUAAAAUAAAGCGGAUAAUUAUUCUCUAAUGUUGGCACCAGUA